GCAUGCAAAACAACCAAAAAAUUGUUAUGCAAGGCGAAGCAGAUCAAGAGCCUGGUGUUGAGACAGGGGAUGUGAUUCUUGUUCUCAAGCAGAAACCUCAUGAUAAAUUUGAACGCCAAGGUAAUGAUCUGCUUGCAGAAGUAAACAUUACAAUCACCGAAGCUUUGUGUGGCUUUUCGAAGGUUCUUGUCGUGCAUCUGGAUGGUCGUGGUUUGGUUAUAAAUCAUCCUGCUGGUGAGGUGAUAAAACCUGGAACCAUCAAAUGCAUACCAAACGAAGGAAUGCCACAGUACAAACGGCAAGAUGACAAAGGCAAUCUAUACCUCAGGUUUAGCAUAGAAUUCCCGCCCUCCUUGUGGAUCACUCCUGAAAGGUUGAAGGAUUUGGAAGCCUUCCUGCUACCCCGUGACCCCGAAAAUUCGAGCGACCAACCAGAAAUUUUGGAUGAAGUUCAGCUAGCAGAUGCUGACCUUAGUGAGUACGGAGAAAAAAAGGGAAAAGAAGGAAAUAUAUGGGAUGAAGAUGAAGAAGAUGAUGACGAGCAACCUGUGGGUUGUACCCCACAAUAG